UUCCCAGCAGAGCAGGAAGAACCGGCUUUAGUGAUGCUGACACUGGUGCUGUUGCUCCUGGCCACAGACUUCGCAGCCUCUCAUGAAUCUCUCGACUCUUCCGAUUCUCCAAUCAUGAAGAGGUCACAGUUCAGAACACCAGACUGUGGUCAUUUUGACUUCCCAGCAUGCCCCAAGAACCUCAACCCGGUGUGCGGAACGGAUAUGAACACUUACGGGAAUGAAUGUACCCUGUGCAUGAAAAUCAGGGAGGAUGGUAGCCAUAUUAAUAUCAUCAAGGAUGAGCCCUGCUGAUGGGCAGUUUGCAGAAGAGCAGACGGAGAACCCCCCCACUCCCCCGCUGCUCCCUGCUACAACCCCCACCCCCUUUUCUGUUCCCCCUAUUACUUCGCAUGAUACUUGUUAACAGAACUUCUCUGGGUAAAGGCUGGAAGACAGUGCUGUACAGCGGUUCAUAAACUUAAAACUCCUGUUCUGGGCUUCCAGUCUACAAUU